AUGCCUCCGAAAAAGGGCAAAGACAAGGCGGCAGCGGCGGCAGCAGUGGCAGCGGCAGCAGCAGCAGCAGCAACCAAGCCGCCGUCCAAGUCGUCGUCGGGAAAGAAGAAGAGCGGCGCCGUCUCGACGAUCGGGUCGACGGCGCCGGCUGACAGCGACUUUAUCGUCUUCACCAACUCGAACAAGGAGAGCAGGCCGAAGCCGGUCAGCAAGAUCGUCGUCGCCGGAGGACCAGAGACGGCGGCAGCUGAUGGUCCUCCCAAGCCGACGGUCAAGCAGAUCAUCGGGGGCGCGUCCUGGACCGGAAAACUGCCGGUCAACAUGUUGUCGGAACACUGCCAGAAGCAGAAGUGGGACAAGCCGGACUACGACGUGCGAAAAGUCAAGGAUGGCUUCUCUGCCUUCGUCUCUCUCAGCGCACGCAACAACAAGACGGGCGAGGUGACACGGUUGGAGCCGUUCAAGCUACCGCCCAGCCAUGUACACCUGGCCAUCCAGCCGACAGCACUGGAGGCUCGACACUUUGCAGCCACCUACGGGCUCUUCCGGGUAUGCAGCAUGAAGAACAUGCACAUGACGCUGCCACCGGCAUACAAGAGCCUGUGGCGCGAGUUUGGCACGCUCAAGACACAGGACGUGCGUGACGGCCGGGCGUGGAUGUACGAGGCCGACCCGUUUCUGGCACUCCGGGAGCGCGAGCUAGCCAAGCAAACGGCCGAGAAGAAGCGACAGGAGCAGCAGGCAGCACGAGAAAAGGCAGCGAGCCGGGACGGGCUCGAAGGAACGGGAGGACUGCGAGCGGGAGGUGGCAGCACCGUAUCAGGAGGUACAGGACGGGGCGAAUCGCGGGCCUGGUCGAACAACGUGCCGCGGAUCGAGAUGGGCAGCAAGACGCGGACGAAUCUGGAGGAUCUGCUGCGACGCGGCUCCAUAUGGAAUCCACAAGGGGUAGUGCUGACAGCAGCGGUACAGCGCGGCAUCGUAGAGGAGCUGGUGAAGCUAGGGUUCCGGCCGAGCCACGUGGAGGAGGCGGUGGCGCUGUGCCAGGACCGAACGGAGACGCUGGAGUGGCUGUUGGUGCACGUGCCGGAGGACGACCUGCCACGAUGGGCGCUGCCGGAGAGCUACACGGCGGGCGUGUCGGUGGCAGCGACAGAUCUGCGGCGCGAAGCGGCCAUCGUGCGGCUGGCACAAUCGGGCUAUGCGGUGGACCUGUGUCGGAAGCUACUAGACGCCAGCGACGGCGACGAGGGCCGGGCAGCCGCACGGCUGCAGGCGGUGCUGGUGGGGGGCAGCCCGGAAGUCGAGGCUGAGGUCGAGACAAACGGGCCAUCCUCAUACGACUCUGCAGACGAGUGCUGGGAGGCCGAGCUGGCCAGCCUAGAGUCGGUAUUCGGGGCCGAGCAGUUCCGACGUGUGUCAGAGGCCGUGUGCGAGAUCCAGCUGAGCGGCGUGGUCAACGUGGUCCAGGGCGAAGCACGGCCGGUGGCAGUGGGCUUGCAGUUCCGGCGAGCAGCAGGCUACCCGGCCGAGCUUCUGGUGGCAGUGGUGGCACCACAGCUGCCGGCAUACAUCCGACUGAGCAUCGUGCGGCAGGUGCUGGCACAGGCGAAUGUGGGACUGCGCGGCGAGGAGAUGAAGAUGUACUUUGUGGCAGACUGGGCACAGCAGCACAUCAACGCCAUCAUCGAGCGGCCCGGACGGCUGAGCGACAUUGCGGCGGCGGCAUCGACAGCAUCGGAGGCGACGGGCGACGGCAACCGGACGUCGUCGCUGGCAGCAGAAGCAGCACCGCGCAAGCGGACACCCCGACACCCGAGGGCAAUCGCGUGGGCAGCCGACGAGAACUCGCGCCAGGACUGGCUUCGGCGACAGGAGGCACCGGGCUACCAAAAGAUGCUGGCGCAGCGACGGCGACUACCGGCCUGGGAGGCACGCGAGGCAGUAGUAGCAGCCGUGCGGAUGCACCAGGUGACGAUCAUUGCAGGUGAGACGGGAUCAGGCAAGUCGACGCAGUCACCGCAGUUUCUGCUGGACGACCUCUACAACCGCGGACUCGGCAGCGCGGCCAACAUUGUGGUGACGCAGCCGCGGCGGAUCUCGGCACUGGGGCUGGCCGAACGGGUCAGUGAGGAGCGGUGUUGCAGUGUUGUCGGCGAGGAGGUCGGCUACAUCAUCCGGGGCGAGAGCCGGGUGUCAGGAGGAGGACGGAGAGGCGGUGGUGGCAGCGGCGGGGGGCGAACAAACCAGCGAACGGCCCGCAUCACAUUUGUCACGACCGGUGUCCUGCUGCGACGACUACAGGUGUCGGGCGGCCGGCCAGAGGACGUGGUGGCAGCGCUGGCCGACGUCAGCCACGUGGUGAUCGACGAGGUACACGAGCGCAGCCUAGACACGGACUUUCUGCUAAGCAUCCUACGCGACGUCUUACGGCAGCGGGCAGACCUGCGGCUGGUUCUGAUGAGCGCGACGCUGGACGCGGCCACGUUCCGCGACUACUUUGCGCGCGAUGGGCUCUCGGUGGCCUCGGUCGAGAUUGCCGGCCGGACGUUUCCGGUCGAGGACCUUUACCUGGAUGACGUCAUCCGGGCGACGGGCUUUGGUCUGGACGGAGCUGGGAGGAGAGGAGGUGGAGGCGGCGACAAUGAGGCUGACCCGGUGGCCAAGGCGAUCCAGCAGCUGGGCAGCCGGAUCAACUACGGGCUGGUGGCCGACACGGUGCGAGCGAUCGACGAAGAGCUGACGCGGACGAACGAUGCCGGUGCCGUUCUCGUCUUUCUGCCGGGCGUGGCUGAGAUCAACCAGGUCUGCGGGAUGUUGGGAGGAGGUCGUGGUGGUGAUGGUGGUGAUGGUGACCGAAAAGACUCUCUCUACAUUCUCCCCCUGCAUGCCGGUCUGGAGACGCGCGAGCAGAAGCGGGUGUUUGCGGCCGCACCGACAGGACGGCGAAAAGUGGUGGUGGCGACCAACGUGGCCGAGACAUCGAUCACGAUCGACGACGUCGUCGCAGUCGUGGACACGGGCCGGGUCAAGGAGACCAGCCUGGACGUACAGACAGGCAUGCGACGGCUGGCCGAGACAUGGGUAUCGCUGGCAGCGGCCAAGCAGCGACGCGGACGAGCCGGAAGAGUGCGGCCGGGCCACUGCUACAAGCUCUACACGCGCGCCCUCGAGAGCCAGCAGAUGCCACCACGACCAGAACCCGAGAUUCGCCGUGUUCCGCUCGAACAGCUGUGUCUGGCCGUACGAGCCAUGGGCAUUGCUGACGUGGCCGGUUUUCUAGCCCGGGCUCCAUCACCGCCAGAUGUUGCCGCCGUGGACGGAGCUUUGCUGCUUCUUCGGCGGAUGGGAAUCCUGGGAGGAAACACGGCCUCCAACACGCUCACCUCGCUCGGAAAGCUCGUUGCUGCCAUCCCUGCCGACCUGCGCUGUGCCAAGCUGAUGGUCUACGGCGCCCUCUUCGGCUGUCUGCACCCAUGUGUGACCAUGGCGGCCAUUUUGAGCAGCGGCCGUGCCGGCGGUCCGUUUGUGUCGGUGCCGCCCGAUCGACGCCAGGAAGCCAAGGCUGCCCGCAUGCGCUUUGCCGCGCCCGGAACAGCGGCCGACGGCGACCUCUUGACGGACCUGCGCGCCGUCUUGCGCUGGGACGACGUGGUGGCCGAGAACCAGAACCGUGGCGGUGGCUAUCGGUAUGGAAACAGCGCCUACUCUUCUUCGCGCCAGGUCCGCGCCUUUUGCGACGACAACUUUCUCUCCCAACAGGCCCUCGCCGACAUUUCCACCACGCGGCAGCAGCUCUACGACGCCAUGGCCGACAUGGGCAUCCGGCCUGAGAAGACGUCGUCGGCUUCGUCAGCUUCGUCCAUCAGCUUUCCUCUCUUGCGCGCCCUCACCGCCGCUGCCUUCAACCCACAGAUCGCCCGGAUCCAGCUGCCCGACCAGAAGUUUGCGGCCAGCGUGUCCGGCACCGUCGCCCUCGACCCAGAGGCUCGCACCAUCCGCUACUUUGCCCGUGAUCAUGGCCGCGUCUUUAUCCACCCGAGCAGCACCCUGUUUGACAGCCACGGUUUCGGCGGCCGCGCCGUCUUUCUAUCCUACUUUACCAGCAUGGCGACAAGCAAGGUGUUUAUCCGGGAUCUGACACCCUUCAACGCUUACACCCUCCUCAUGUUCGCCGGCGACAUCGACCUCGACACCCUCGGCCGCGGCCUCAUCGUCGACGGCUGGCUGCGUCUCCGAGGUUGGGCCCGCAUCGGCGUCCUCGUCUCUCGUCUGCGCGGCAUGGUCGACCGUCUGAUUGCCCGCCGGCUCGGCCAGGGCGACAGCGACGACGACCCCGACCGCGAUGUUCCCCCCGACAGCACCGCCGACACCGAACAGAUCGACCGCGAUAUCCUCAAGGCCGUCGUCAGACUGAUCGAGCUGGACGGCCUGGACUCCUGA